UCUCAAAGAUCACAUACAAAUACAAAAACACACACGCUCUCUCCUCCCACCCACUGUUUGUUCCUCCUCCCUGGUCGAUGCUGUGAGUUCCUCCUCUCCGUGUUUGGGGGUUGAACACAGGAUUCUCUCUGCCUUCCUCUCAGUCUGCAAUCAGCAACACACACACACACAGACAGACGCAGCAGCUAUGAGCACAGACGAUGUGGUGUGCACAGGAUGGCUCAUAAAAUCCCCACCGGAGAAGAAGCUAAAGAGAUUUUCAUGGCGAAAGCGAUGGUUUGUUUUGCGGAGGGGUCGGAUGAGCGGGAAUCCUGACGUUUUGGAAUAUUACCGUAGCAAGAGUUCCCGAAAACCAAUCAGAACCAUCGACCUGCAGGAGUGCGAGGUCACCAUCGAGGCAGAGGUGCGGCCCACUAAACGCCAGUAUCAGAAUCAGCACCUGUUUGUGGUCAAAACCGCCACGCGUAUCUUUUACCUGCUGGCCAAAACGGCAGAAGAGAUGAACAUCUGGGUACAGAACAUUGGACAGAUUUGCACGUUUGGAGGACUGAACAGACAUGCAGAAUCAAUGGACAGUCUUAAUCGCACUCCCUCUUCCCAGCAGCCCUCUCCAGCACUCUCUCCUCAUGUUUCUCUCGUGGCCAAUCAGGACACAGUUACCGUCGAAAACCACGAUGUCCUAGACAGGCCCAGCGAAUCAGAGAUCAGUCCUCCACUUGAUUACCUCUUUCUCUCUCAGUGUGAAACCGGCACGAAGAGCAUCAUCAGGUGUGACAGCAUCUCUAACUCUGAACGAUCCUUUGAGCAGAGCUCGUCUGAGUACACAGAGGAUGUGUUUAGCCCCACCCCACGCAUUGACUCCUCCCCCUCCCCUUUCCUUUUGGGUGGGGUGUCCGAGCCCCCAUUCAGCACUCCUUACGGCCCGCACUCUCUCUCCUCCUCCCUUUCGUCCUGCCUCUCGUCUCCCAUCUCUCUACGCCGGCCACCGGAUAUUUUCAGAUUCGACCGGCCCUUCUACGGUACAUCAGACCCACAGACACCUCCUCCCCUCCCACCCAAACCUACACACCUGUCCGAUCAUCAUGGUAAUGAGGAUACUGGCUGUAAUCAGCCGCAACCUGCUCUCCUUCCUCGCAGGACGUCACUUUCAGGAAUAGACCACUUUAAGAGAGGAGAGUUUGACAAUGCUGGAAGAAACUGGAACAAACGUCUAAGCCUCAACCUGCCAAUAUUUCUGAAUACCACAGUAACUGAAAACCACUCUGAGGAUUCAUAUGUGCCCAUGGCCUCCCCACCGAUCAGCUGCUCUGAUGUGACUUCAGACGGAUACAUACCCAUGAGCCCCUCCACCCUGCCCAUCUCCCUACUCACCAAUGGCAAAACAGAGCUGCCUACGCCUUCCAAUCCUGACCUUGAGCCUCCUCCAGUCGACCGCAACCUUAAACCAAGAACACGGGCUCGACCGCCUCCUUUAGACCUGCGGGGUCUGUCCACAAUUUCCGAAUGUCCUUUCCACGGUCCCCUCACACGCACCAUGACAGAACCCAGCACAUCACUUCAGUCUGUUCCUUUGGACAGGCGGCGGGUAUGGGGCUUAAACGGCUCUGAACAGGAAGGAAGCAUCACGCCAACGGAGUCUCGGCUCUUGUUCCCAGCUUGUGAUUCUGUUCCCUGGAUGAGGCCUUCUCAGCUGGAUUACUUGUCCCUUGACUUUAAUUCUUCCUCCCCCUCACCUGUUCAGAAGAAAGCGCUGCUGGCAGACGAGUACAGGGUGGAUUACGUGAAGGUAGACGAGAAGAAGACACAGGCUUUACAAAACACCAAGCUGGAGUGGAAGGAUGUCCGUCAGUCAAAAGCCUAAGGCCCCUGGGACGGUGGAUAAUCCAUUUAAAUUAUUACAUGGUUCAAAACUUGACUUGUUUUCAUCUCCUGCAAUUUCAGGUACAUGUUGGUUUUUCACACUGAUAUAAAAGGAGAAAGUACAGAGCUGGAUAAGAAACCACCAGAAAUAAAAUGGCAGAUAAUUCAGGAAAUUAUUCCAGAAUAAAAGACCUCCAACACAAUGAUUCAAGAAUAAAGCUUUGUUUUGUAGUUCUUUUACCGGGAAGAGAAUUAGCAUUUCCUAUUCAUUUUUAGAGUAGCGUGUUUUGGUUUAUAAGUAAAGUUAAAAUAUGUUAAUUUGAUCUACAACAUAAAUUAUACACAGCCAUACCUCAAAUGUGAAUAGUGUUUGUUUUUUUUAAACAAAUUGAUAGUAUGUACUAAAAAAGUGCAAAACUAUCAGAAGGAUGUGAGUUCAUGUGUAUUAUAAAGGUUCUAGAUGUAAUUUUUCAAAAAUUUGGGUUUGGUAAGAUUUUUAAUGUUUUUGAAAGAAAACGCUUCUGCUCACCAAGCCUGCAAAAAAACACAAAUGUUAUAAAAUCUUUUUAUUACAAUUUAAAGUAACUGUUUUCUAUUUGAAUAUAUUUGGAAAUGUGUGGCAUAAUCAGGACUUUCAGGAUUCUUUGAUGAAGAGAACAUGAUGAUUUAAAAGAACAGCAUUUGUUUCUAUCUAUCUUUUUAAACGGUAUAAAUGUCUUUACCGUUACCUUUGAGCAAUUUAAUAUAUCCUUGCUGAAAAAAAAGUAUUAAAUUCUUUAAAAAAAAAAAAAACUUACCAACCCCAAACUUUUGAACGGUAGUGUAUGUUUUUACAAAACCGCAGCCACUUUGAAAUUCAUAUUUAAGAGGAAGGUGUGUAAUUUGUUGAAAAGCAUGAAAUUCUCUUCACCGACCUUAAUUUACUACUACUACUAAAAUUUGUUCUAAAACUGAAUGAAAUCCGAAAAAAGCUAACAGCAUGAAUCUCAUGUAAAAACAUAUGUCACCAAAGCUAGAACGUGUACAGAAUAGGAAUUUGUUUACCAGAGCACAAAUUUUUAUAACAGACAUUAUUUAUAAAAUUCACAUUAAUGCUUAAUCAUUUGUUUAACUUGGAAAAAGAACAGAGUGAUUUUUUGUUGUUGCACUCCCUGGGAUGUUAUUUUGAAAUAAUUCCCUGAAUAUAACAGCUCACUGAUGUCACAUUGCCUACUUGUGAAUUCUGAAAUAAUGUUUUCAUAGGUGUCAAAAAGAUAUUAUGAAUGUUAAAUAUUUAUGACAUGUACAAUCACUGAAGAGUGUCACAAAAAAACUAUUAUACCAAUGAAUGUGUUUAUUACACACCUUUGAGUUCGUGUUUGAUGAGAGUCAGACCACUGUAAACCACUGGAACCACACACUGUGAUUGGAUGCUGGAACAAAACUAUGAAGGAACUGAAUGUUUUGUAGAAGGGAAAUCUGCCUUUGCUUUUUUAGGAUUGAAUCCUGAGUGAAUAUUGAAUGUUGUAUAUGUAAGACUACUGUCAAAUUAUUGACCUAACAAGGAUAUGAAGGUCUGCCAAUAUUUAUCGGAAUGUAUUUUUCCCAUCGACCUUUCACGAUUAUAAGGCAUUACGAAUGUAUUUCUGUUUUGGGUUGUAGAUUUUUAGUGCCAUGUCAUGCUGUGCUUAUGACACUGUUCUUUUAUGGUGGUCAGAUUUUGCUGUACUGACAAGAGCACAAAAAUCUCAUGGGAAACUAUCACUGUGACAUCAACAGUUUCCUGCCAAUCUUGAAAUUCACUUUAUGUUUCACGAAGAAAUGUAAUACGCGAGUGAGAGAGAAAGGACGAAUGACUGAAAGAGAGAGAGAGAGAGUGUCUGCGUGUUUUGCUGAAAUUCAGAGACCUUACUAACCUGUGUGAAUCAAUGGAUGUUUAUCCAUCAGCAGGUAAAUUAUUGUGAUGCAUAUUGAACACAUUAAAUCACUUUAAAACAAUUCAGCUCAAUAAACUGAAAACAAAAAACC